CGUGUGUUACAAUGCGAUGACGCGACUUCUCGUGCGCGCUCGCUUGUUUAGUUCUGUGUUGUGAGCGUCGCAGACGGUUGUGAAUUGUGAGCAGGUUGUGAGUGAGUAGUGCUUGGGCGUGUAUUAUGUUUACUUGAACCGCAUUAACGAAUUUAGUAUUUCUCCGGUGAGAUAAUGUCGAAAAUCAAGCGGGGUUUCCGCUUAUUGGCGCUGCUCGUCGUGAUAAGCCUUAUCGCGUUCGCUUCAGGACAAAGCAACUUCAUCGAAGACGAAAACGACACGCGACUUAAAGUAGCAUGGUGUACAGUAGGCCGUGAAGAACAACGAAAAUGCAUCCACUUCGCCCAAGCAAUCGAAAGAGAUAUCAUUCGCGUUGGUUACGAUGAAUUCCGCCUGGAUUGUUACCAGGCAUUCAAUAAAGCUGAAUGCAUGCAGUUGAUCGACUCUGAGAAGGUGACUUUCACGUCAUUGGACGCUGGAGAAGUUUUCAUGGGCGGUCGCUAUCACAGCUUGAUUCCCAUCGCGCAAGAAAUCGCAGCGGGAGGUUUACAGCAUAAUUACGCGGUUGCUGUUAUCAAGAAAAACACGAUGAAAGAUGUCACAUCAUUGAGGGAUCUACGCAAUAAGAAGGCGUGUUUUGCUGGGGUUGGCACACUUGCCGGUUGGACAUUACCUAUUUACACAUUAAUGAAACAAGGUGGUAUGGAAAUUACGGAUUGUAACAAUCAUGUAAAGACAGCAACUGAGUUUUUCGGCCCGUCAUGUGCAGUAAAUGCGCUCACGGAUAAGUUUAACCCAAUUGGUGACAAUUCUGAUAAAUUAUGCGCUCUGUGCAUUGGUAAAGUCCCCGGGGGAAAAUGUACGGAUACUGAUCCCUAUGCAGGCUUUGAAGGUGCUUUCAGAUGUCUAUUGGAGGCUGGAGAUGUCGCUUUUCUCAAGGAUUACACCGUUCAAGAAUUAACCGGUGGUGAUGAAUUUACUGCUGUGUCAAAGGACGCGUUUGAAUUACUCUGCAAAGAUGGAACACGACGCUCCAUUGACGAUUAUCGCGCUUGUAAUUGGGGCACAGUACCAACCAACGCCAUUGUUACUACAUCAGUGACAUCAAUUGAAAUGCGACGCAAAUAUCAAAAGUUCUUGGAUAAAGUUGCUGAACGUUAUGGGCCGCUUGCGAACGGUACAAUUGAUCAACCUCAUGAUCAAAACCGGGAUAGAGAUAUCUACAAUGAUGAGCGGCCGGAGUUUGACCAGUUGGGUAAUCGCAUCAGGUAUAAACGACAACAAUAUGGUGAUUAUAAUCGUGGUAGUUAUAAUCCGUAUGGUGAUAAUCGUGACAACGACGAGAACACCCGACCUGCCAGUCGGUAUGGCAAUCGGAAUGCGAAUCCCUACAAUACCGACGGCCAAGAUGGCAACCGAAAUGACGAUAGAGAUAGGGAUUUGAAUCGUGAUGGUAAUCGUGAUGGAAAUCGAGAUGAUCCAAACCGGGAUGGAUUUGACAGAGACAGAAGUCGCAAUCCGUUCGAUCGUGAUCCAUACCAGAUCAACCGUGGACAAUAUGGAAUUAAUAUUGAUCCGUACGAUGAUGGGACGAAUUACAAUCGUGAUCGACAGCCGGAUAAUUAUCAUCCCUUGAAUUACAACCGCACAUAUCGACCCAGAUACAACGAGACAUUCUAUGAAGUGUUUGAUUUGUUUAAAUCCACACCGAGAUACGGUAUACAUGCUAAUUUAUUAGUCCAGGAUAACACAAGACGAUUUUUAUCCCUACCGGAAGAUCGUCAGACAUAUUCUGGCUACUUAGGCCGUUCGUUAGAAAUCGUCAUGGGCGUUCGUGAUUGUCCGGUGAAUCGCAUGACGUUAUGCGUCACUUCGGAGCAGGAACUCGAGAAAUGUGUCAAGAUGCGCACAGCGCUCCAAGCGCAGCUGUUGAAACCCGAAAUGGUUUGUUAUAAAGGCCACUCCCACAUUCAUUGCAUGCAAGCGAUACGUUCCGGCACUGCUGACGUCACGAUACUCGACGCUAGCGACGUCUACACUGCAGGAUUAAGUUUUGAUCUUGUACCGUUUAUGAGUGAGGUAUACAAUCUCGAAAGUCCUGAGUAUUAUGUUGUUGCCGUGGCGAAAGAAUCCGAUCCCGAUACAGAAAUUACUUAUCUCAAAGGUAAGAAUACGUGUCAUGGCGGUGUGAACACCGCGGCGGGCUGGGUUUAUCCAUUGGCGUAUCUCAUCAGUAAUGGAUGGAUACGUCCGUACGGAUGCAACGCCAUCCGCGCAGCCGCAGAGUAUUUCACGAAAAGUUGCGUGCCGGGCGCGAUAAGCACCGAAUACAACACCGGGGUACCUUAUGACAAUAUGUGUCACUUGUGUCAUGGCGCUAGUUUCCGAUAUUGCCGACGUGAUGCGUCUGAGGAUUACUACGGUCACACCGGAGCGUUUAGGUGUUUAGUCGAGGGAGGCGGCCAUGUUGCUUUUGUUAAACACACGACUGUGUUGGAGAAUACCGGCGGGAAGCGACGAGAAUGGUGGGCUAGGGAUAAUUUGAUGGAUGAUUUUGAGCUGUUGUGUCCAGAUGGCACCAGAGCUGAAGCGAACGAGUAUGUCAAGUGUAACCUUGGCAAGGUCAAAGCUAACGCUAUUGUUACACGCGGCGCGUAUGGAUACAACAGCACACAGAUCAAUGCAUAUAUUAAUUUGUUCCUGUACUCACAGACGUUCUACGGGAGGAAGAUUCCUGAUGAGUUUAGUUUCAGUAUGUUCUGGUCGCAACCGCCUUUCACGGAUUUGAUAUUCCAAGACGCCACAACGCAACUCCGUGUAAUUCCACCUGAAUAUCGUUAUUAUUCGGAUUACUUGGGGAAGGAUUUCAUGCGAGCGAGGCGGAUUGUCGAUUGUCACGCAGGUUCUGCGCAUGCGCACGCUAGCUGGCUGCUGACAGCAGUGUUAUGUGUUCUAACGCUCUUGAAAUUGUCGUAAUUGUAUAUUUUGUUGUCGUAAAAUUAAUCCGUCCCUGUACAACUUAGUCGAUGACGCAUUACGAGUUGCGUCUAGUUUCUUUUAGCUAAAUGAUGACUAAUGUUUAGAUUUACUCAUCAUGCAGGAAUAAUUUGAAUGUUUAAAUACUCCAGAAUCUCAUUUUGAUGAAUCUAUCAUGCCUUAAAAAGCCUUAAAUCAAAGUAGGAUAAAGAUCAAGUAGAUUUCUGUAAUUGUGUACAUAUUUUUUACAUUUUUAUAUUAGAUAUUAAUGAGUAUUCUUAGAAACUUGUGGAUAACUGAUAUCCGUCCAAACAAUUGAAGUAUUUUAAUCGUAAAUAUCAAUUUUGUACCUUGAAUAUUUUUAUUUUAUCUAAUUACGUAUUUUACAACGCGCGAAACGGAAAUAAAUGUGAAACGAAAGUGUAAAGAA